CUUCGCCCACAAAAAAAAGCCACCAUGAUAUUCUUUUCACAAGAAAAUCACUGUUUGUUUGUUUUGCUUGAAAAUUCCUUCCUUUCUUUCUAAUCUCUCCAAAACUCGCUCCAUUCAGCUUUUUUCUCCCUCCCUAAAUCCUUUAUUUAUUUCCCCUCUCUGUGUACACAUCCAUCUCCUUCCAAUUCAUUUCUCGAAAGUGGAGUUCUGAAUUUUAAAAAAAUAUAUACGAGGGUUUGGUGUUUGGAGAAAUUGUCGGUUUGUCGUUAAUGUUGAUUUGUUAGAGCUGCAAGGGCUUGAAUUGAGGCUGAAUCGGUUUUUUUCUUUGGUUUUUUGCUUGGUUUUUGGGGGGAUUCGUGUAGCUGAAUUUGGAGUUAGGGUUAUUGGGUUCUGUUAGUGAAUUCGAGAGAAAGAGAGAUGGAGAAAUACGAAUUGGUGAAGGACAUAGGAUCUGGGAAUUUUGGGGUGGCGAGGCUGAUGAGGAACAAGGAGACCAAAGAGCUCGUCGCCAUGAAGUACAUCGAGCGUGGCCCCAAGAUUGAUGAGAAUGUGGCAAGAGAGAUCAUAAAUCACAGAUCACUUCUCCAUCCAAACAUAAUUCGCUUCAAGGAGGUAGUUUUGACUCCAACCCAUCUUGCUAUUGUUAUGGAGUAUGCAGCUGGGGGUGAGCUCUUUGAGCGUAUUUGCAAUGCUGGAAGGUUCAGUGAGGAUGAGGCUAGAUACUUUUUCCAGCAGCUUAUCUCCGGAGUCAGCUACUGUCAUUCAAUGCAAAUAUGCCAUAGGGAUUUGAAGCUUGAGAACACCCUAUUGGAUGGAAGCCCAGCACCACGGCUGAAAAUUUGUGAUUUUGGUUAUUCUAAGUCAUCUCUGCUGCAUUCAAGACCUAAGUCAACAGUUGGAACUCCAGCAUAUAUUGCACCAGAGGUCCUUUCUCGAAGAGAAUACGAUGGCAAGUUGGCGGAUGUUUGGUCAUGUGGAGUGACACUUUAUGUUAUGUUGGUGGGAGCAUACCCAUUUGAAGACCCAGGGGACCCAAAGAAUUUCAGGAAAACUAUUAAUAGAAUAAUGGCUGUUCAAUACAAGAUCCCUGACUAUGUCCACAUAUCUCAAGAGUGCAGGCAUCUUAUUUCUCGCAUAUUUGUUGCUAGCCCGGCCAGGAGGAUAACCAUUAAGGAGAUCAAGAGCCAUCCUUGGUUCCUGAAGAACUUGCCCAGGGAACUGACAGAGGUGGCUCAGGCAAUCUAUUAUAAGAAAGAAGAUCCAACCUUUUCCCUCCAGAGAAUUGAAGACAUCAUGAAAAUUGUGGAAGAGGCCAAAAUCGCUCCUGCAGCAUCACGAUCAAUUGCAGGUUUUGGCUGGGCAGGGGAAGAGGAUGGUGAUGAGAAGGAAGAAGAGGCUGUACCCGAGGAAGAGGAUGAAGAAGAUGAGUAUGAGAAGCAACUCAAGGAGGCACAUGCUAGUGGAGAAGUACACUUAAGUUGAGGAACAAUCUACUCAACAGUUAUUCGAACAGCUAGGGUUUCGCCUUUCCAAUAUCAAUACAUUAGGUUGGAUUUCUGUAUUUGUGUAGAUGGUAGAUCGGCAGUCUCUACCAAGGAAGUGAUGUUGAAUAAGUGUUUGUAAAUUAACAUUGUAUUGGAUGGCAGGUCAGCGGAUUUCAUCCGUUAGAGCAGUCGACUUAAAAUGGGUUCUAGUAUUACGUUCAUUGUAGACGUUAGCGUUCAUCAGUGUGGUUUGUGAGGAUGGUUUAGCCUUCCUUUGUAAGGUGUUGUGAUUAGCACAAAAUAAGGUUUUUGGACUGUGUGCUCCAGUUCUGAUGUGAGAAGAUGUUCCUGGAAGGGGAUUCAAGUAUUCAACUCCCUAUAUGGUUUGUAUGAACGCUAAAGGACUAAAACUGGUGUUAUCAUUAAAAUUUAGCUUUGUGUGCUAAAAUUUCUCUCUUC